AUGGACAUGUUAUUGUCGGAUAUUUACUACAUCGCCGCAGUCUAUGAUACCAACUAUGGAUUCACCGCACAUUACUUCAAUAUCACCGACUCUUCCUCUCUAAAUACUACCUCUACGACAAGCUCGGCGCCAAGUGUAACUUCAUCCUCGGCGCCAAGUGCAACUUCAUCCUCGGCGCCAAGUGCAACUUCAUCCUCGGCGCCAAGUGAAACUUCAUCCUCGUCAGCGUCAGACGGAAGUACGGCAGCCACGAAAUCUUCGGAUUCCAGAUCUAGCUCCUCCACGCCCGUUGGAGCGAUCGCGGGUGGAGUGGUCGGUGGCGUGGUCGGCCUCAGCAUCAUUGCUGUUCUUGCCUUUAUGCUUUACAAGAAACAGAAGAAGACUCGGUCUCCUGGCUCUCCCAACCACGGUCAGGUGGACGGACCAGCGCCUAAGUAUCAGUAUCCAGCAGAGAUUGAGAUGCCUGGGGUCUACGUGUUGAAACCGGAGAUAGAUGGUGCUUCGCGUCCACAUGAGCUGCCUUCGUGA